AUGAGCUUGGAAAUCGAGUCAAUGGUUAGGUACACGUCGCCGAUAAACCCGGCUCUGUUCCCACACCUCACGCUGCUGCUCCUCGGUAUCGGUAUAUUCUUCACAGCGUGGUUCUUCGUGUAUGAGGUUACAAGCACAAAGGCUUCCAGAGACGUCAUUAAGGAACUACUGCUGUCACUAGUCGCGGCAGUGUUUUCUGGUUUCGGUAUUCUGUUUUUGUUGCUGUGGGUCGGAAUAUAUGUA